CAUCCGGCUGCAGCAUUUGCCCAGAGACGCCGAAACUGGUCCUCCGAGAGGCCCGCUCCCCAGCAAAGACCAUGGCUGAGCGCACCGUCCCCCAUGCCCACCCCAUGAGCACCGAAUACGAGUUUGCCAACCCCAGCAAGAUCUACGACCAGAACUUUGGGGAAGGUGUUUCCCCUGGAGAAAUUCUGGCCCCCACAUUGUACCAUGGAUACUACAUCAGACCUCGGAUCAACAAGCAGCUGGACCGAGGGAUCUCAGAGGUCAACCUCAAUGACCACAAAUUCCAGGUCUUCCUUGAUGUCUGCCACUUCACGCCCGAUGAAAUUGCUGUCCGCACUGUGGACAACCUCCUGGAAGUGACCGCACAGCACCCGCAGAAGGCUGACCGGCACGGCUUCAUCUCUCGGGAGUUCACCAGGACCUAUAUCCUUCCGCUGGACGUUGACCCUCUCUUGGUCAAGGCCACUGUGACCCAUGAUGGCAUCCUGAGUGUCGAGGCUCCGCGGACGGGGAAGGAAGUGAAAACCAAGAUCAACGAGGUGAAAAUCACACGCCAAGAGCCACCAGCGGAGAAAGGAGGAAGCUCAGAGGAGGUGUCUCGCCCCUAAAGCAUCCUUCCUUAGUGUUGCAACUGGGGUCAGGGAAGGGUAGUCUGGAGACACUUCUGCAUUCCUCUCCAGGGAAUGUCUGCUUGUUUCGGUUUAGUUCACCCUGUCUGCGCUACAAACUGGAAUUGGUUAGAUGCCAGCUUAAUUCUCCCCAAGGGUGCUCCAAGGAAUCGUGGCACUAAGGCAAGGUGCAAAAUGUUGUCUCGCCCCAUGACCACUCCGGGGCCAGCCCCCUAUCAAAACUGACCCUUGCAAGCUCUGAAAAUGUAGCGGGGCAAGGAGGAGGAAAGGCGGCCAGCAGCUCCCUCGCCUCUCCUUGUGCUUCUUGUAAGCUUUGCAAGGUAUGCAUGUGAGGAAAGGUACUCCUGGCAAAGCUUGCAGGGGUCAGAAGGGUUCCUAAAGAGCUGCUCUGAUGGCGGUGGUAUCCUGUCACCCUGCUGGCACCACAAGUAGUCUGCCACCUGAGGUGAUUGCCUCAGCUUCCCUAGGGACAUAGGAAGAUAGGAAACUGCCAUAUACUGAGUCAGACCAUUGGUCUAUCUAGCUCAGUAUUGUCUACACAGACUGGCAGCGGCUUCUCCCAGGUUGCAGGCAGGAAUCUCUCUCAGCCCUAUCUUGGAGAUGCCAGGGAGGGAACUUGGGACCUUCUGCUCUUCCCAGAGUGGCUCCAUCCCCUGAGGGGAACAUCUUACAGUGCUCUCAAGUGGUCUCCCAUUCAAAUGCAACCAGGGCAGACCCUGCUUAGCUAGGAGGACAAGUCAUGCUUGCUACCACAAGACCAGCUCUCCUCUCCUCGGAUGCUGAGAACUGUAGUCGGCUGAUGUGUUGGGAAUUCUGUUGAAGAACUCCAUCUGACACCCAGACUACAAUUCUUUCUCCGCGGUGCUGCCUGGAAAGUGGGAAUCCUUGCAAAGUUUAAGUCUGUCGUGUGGCUAGACCCCCAAUGAAAGCAGGCCUGCCUUCCCCUCAAAUCACUAUGGCUCUGCUAUAGCACAAACCCCAAGUAUUCAAAGGCCGGGCUGCAGCCCUACCAGUUACUUUGCACUGCCUUGUUCGCUCACCCCGAGAAUAAAAAAUAUGGGCUGAGUUGUUCCUGUGGUGUGUGGGGCUUUGUGUGGCAAGCGGUCACCUGCUUGUGCCGUUUGCAUUAUGAACCUGAUCACAUCCUGUUUCUGUGACUCUCUCUUAAAAAAAUGUUUUGCCUUGUGUUCUUCCUGACAGCUUUUGUUCAUCAAUGAAGCUAAUGUGAUUUCAAAACAAAACAAGGAAGGAAGGAAUCUGAUUUAUGAUCUGUGAAUAAAUACCCUGAAGCAGGAGUUCUCAAACUUGUGGUUGUUGGACUACAACUUCCAUCAUCCUCAUCCACAAUGGUCAAAGGGGAUCCAAGUUUGAGAAUUCCUUCCGUGAAGAGGAAAAUAAAUAGACAGAAGCAGUUAGGAACAUAAGAAGAGCCCUGCUGGAACAGACCAUCUUGUGGCAGUGAGUUCUACAGAUUAUAUGAGAGGGAAGGAUUUUCUUUUGUUUCACUGGAAUCUACUGCCCUUCAGUUUCAUUGGGUGACCCCAAUGACAGAGAGGGAGAAAAACAUCUCUUAUCUGCUUUCUACAGCAUGGGUCAUUUGAUAAACCUCCAAAAUGUUCUAGAGGCCUCGUAUGACAUUGGCCAAGUGAGCACGGGAAGGAAGUGCUGUGGCAGAAGAGAUAACUGCUAGGGCUGAGACACGUAUAAUUAGCUACCUUAAAGUCUCAUCUUUCCUCCAAGGACAGCAUCCAUGGUGGCCCCCCUCACCCUGUAUAGUCCUCACAACAACCCUGCGGGGUAGGUUAGGCUAAGAAAUAGUGUGGCCAGAGGUCACCCUAUGAGCGUCAAGGCUGAGUGGAAAUUUGAACCCAGGUCUUCCUGGUCAAAGUCCAGCACCACGGUGAUUAAGAUCACAUCUGUACAACUGCUAGUCAAACCCCUUCACCUUCCAAAGCAGUUUUUGCUACUGACUUUUGCAUUUGUCAUGCUUGAUCGUUAAUUAUCAGGGCCACCUUUCUUUACCCCACACAGCCUGAGUGGACUUUAGAGCAUAUCAGAAUCCACCUUCUGCCGAGUCAGACCUUUGGUCAAUGCAGCUCUGUAUUGUCUACACUGACUGGCAGCCGCGCUCCAGGUUUCAGGUGGAAGUCUUUCCCAGCCCUGCUUGGAAGAAAUGCUGCCAGGGACUGAACCUGGGACCUUCUGCAUGCAGAACAGGUGUCCUUCCACUGCACCACGUCCCUAUCUUAUCCCUCUUUAGAAUUAUGCUCCCCACUGCUAUGCACUGCCCCCCUUUUCCAGUUAGGGCCCCAGUUGUGCUUUGUUACAGUUCCCAGAGGCUGCUGCAGAUGUUCAGUGUCUAAGGGAGCAGGAGAGCUGGUCUUGUGGUAAGGUGAAGUGUGCCGUCGAGCCAGUGUUGAAUCCUGGCGACUACAGAGCCCUGCGGUUGUCUUUGGUAGGAUGCAGGAGGGAUUGACCAUAGCAAGCAUGAACUAUCCCCUUGGCUAAGCAGGGUCUGCCCUGGUUUGCAUUUGAAUGGGAGACCAUAUGUGUGAGCACUGUAUAGGUGAUGGAGCCCUUCUGAGAAGAGGAUCUGUCUGCUUGCGUGCCGAAGGCUCCAGCCAAGUUACCUCCCUGGCAGCGUCUCCAGUUUCCUAUGUUCCUAUAAGCCGUGCAUAAAAUUAGCACAAGGUGGGCCUCUUUGAUUUCGUGGCUGUCUGGUCCCACGGUUUCCAGUCCGCCCCGCCCUUUAUACUCACGUGCGUUGUAUACCUGCCCAUUGAAGAAAACACUUUAUUCAUCUGAUGAAGCAACAUGAGAUUCUGCUGCAAUAAAUCAGCUAGUUUUUAAGAUGUCACAA